AUGGCGGAGCCAGAGGCCACAGUGGAGGACCUGGACGCCCUUAUCGACGACUUGGACUACCUGCCGGGCCACUUCCACCUGGAGAUGCAGCUAAACUUCGAGCCUAGCUCAGCAGCUCCGCUCCGCGCAAGGGACUUGAAGCUACAACGGGAAGGCCUGCGACAGGAGCUGGAGCUGGCGGCGGCCCCGCACCGGCCCGCCGUGCGCCACCUCCUGGGCGUCUUCGCCUUCUACCUGGACGAGCUAACCGAGGCCCGCGAGUGCUUCCUCCAGCUCACCCGCGACGACCCGGGGAACCUCAACGCCUGGGCCAACUUGGCGCAUGUAUACGGGCGGCUGGGGCAGGAGGAUGAGGAAGAGGAGUGUGCCGGUCGGUUGGCAGCUCUCAUGGGGCUGGCUGCUGGCCCAGAGGCCGCCGGGGACCCCGUCCGAGCCGCGCGCUGCCUGGCGGAGCAGGGCUACGCGCAUGGCUUCGAUGUGGGCUGCGCCAGCGCGGAGGAGCGCGCGCGUGUGCUGACAGCGGGCAUCGCGCUCUACGACAAGGCUUUGGGCUACGCCAAGCAGGUCCCCAUGGAGGAGAAGAGGGGCUGGUACUUCACCAUGGCAACACUCUUCAUCAGGCUAGAUGGAAUCUCCCUGGAGCUGGGCAGCGAGGAGCAGAAGCGGCUGCCUACCUUCAACCGCACCCUGGCUCUGCUCCGGCAGGUCCUCAAGUCUUUGGACCCUCACCACCAAGCUCUGGCCUGGUGCUACCUUGGUAUGCUGCUGGAGAGAAAGGACACCUUCUCCACCACCCCACUGGGCAUCCACGACUAUGGGUACUCAGGGACUGACCCCUUGGAUUGCUUCGGCAAGGCCAUCGAGAUUGCCAAGGACCACCCCCUGAUCCUAAACCGCCUGGCCAAAAUCUUCCACUUCCUAGGAAAGCAGGAUAUGGCCAUUGGGACCUGCAACAUGGCGCUUGACGUCCUACGAGAUCCAGAGCUCAACUGGCAGGCGUACUGCACAAGGGCCAAGAUCCACAUCAAAGCCUACCUGCAUGACCUGGAACGGGCCAAGAUGGGGCUCGGGGGCAUGCCUGACAGGAACCACUUGGCCUGCGCCAAGGCUGACCUGGAGGAAGUGGUCAAGGUGUGCCCAGGCCUCAAGACCUACCUGGACAUCGGCCAGGUGUACUACUACAUGGGCGUGGACGCAGUCCAAGAGCUGAUGGCGGUCGACGAGGCGGCGCUGAACCAGGCCCUGGUCUUCCUGGCCAAGGCAGGAGAGUCAGAGUUGGGCGCGACGUUGCCAGAGGUACAGCUGCUUCGCGGCAAGUGUCUACGCAUCAAGGGCGAGGAGGCUAAUGCUGCCGCCUGCUUCAAGCGCGCCGUGGAGCUGGACGACGCAGGUUCCAGCCACACCGAGGGCUUCGGCUGCCUGUUGGAGGCGCUGCUGGCGCAGUGGAGCCUGGCGCAGCUGAGCGAUGGCGAGCUGGUGGGGGAGGUGGACACGUGGUUGCGCCGCGCCCGGGCCAAGUACCCUGCUGCGCGCUUGCGCCAGGAACUGCAGCGCGUGUGGCGCGGACACACGGACGAGGUGCUGGGGCUGGCCCGCGCCUUGGUGGCCCAGGGCCGGCUGGAGCUGGUGCGUUUGCUCUUCGAAGCCAUGGAGCAAGAGGGCGAGGGUGCCACGGGCGAGGGCGCGGCCCGAGGCCAAAGGACACUGUCCUUCUGA